CUGGUGCAUCCAGGCGUUCUCCCUACGGAGCCACAGUCGGCAGAACAAGCACCCGGGAAGCUCAAGCACAACUCUCCUCCCUCCAGCUACCCGGAACUCAAAUAUGGCGGCAAGGGCGCCACCCUCCACUAUCCGUGCUUCUUAUUGGAUAGCUCAGAGGAGUAACAGUGUCUCUGGUUGAUGAAUUAUUCCGGACCCAACUCCUUAGAACUGUUAUCAGGUCCCGCAGCGAAAUAGGUCUGUAAGUACAGAUUGCAACAACUGCCCCGUCCGGGUUCAUACUUUUUCUCUGAAAUAGACCUGAUUUCAUCCUGGAGGGUUAUCAUAUUUUAGAACACAGCCCAGCCCGGGAAUGGUGGUGCACAUUUUUAAUACCAGAACCCGAGAGGUCGAGGACGUCUAACAAGUGGCAGUGCCUGACCUGGGAGGGCAGCACUCCUGUCUGGACCUGUUUGAACAUAUGAUGAGCCUCAUGACUGUGGACAGUCUGCAGAAAUGUGUCUUCAGCUUCCAUAACAACUGUCAGAAGGGGCCAACAGAUCCCAUGGGACAUCAGAUCCUGUAGUAGUUGUGAAACACCUGUGAGUGCUGGGAAUUGCCUUCAGGACCUCUGGAAGAUCAGCAAGUGCUCUUUACCACUGAGCUGUCUCUGCAGACCCUAAGGUUGGACCCGCCCCCACGCGCCUUGGCUGCCCGCCCUGGCUGGGAGGUUGCCGCUGAGACUGGGAGGGAUUGGCUGGUUCAGCCCAGCUCAGCUUCCCACACUGCUUCCGACGGGUCAGAAGCCAAGGAGAAAAGGAAGACUCGCUGCUCAUGAGAGAAGGUGCCAGGGUGGAGGGCAGCAAGGAGAUUUCUGGCUCAGAACAGGGAGAGCUCUGCCCACACACAGCUGGAUUGGCUGUAGGGAGUCGGCUGACCUUGGAGACUUUUGGUGUCCUGGAAAUUGCACCCAAGGAUGCUACAGCAGAGCCUGUCCUGGCUGGGAAUGGGGCCCCUGACUGCCUCUCCGUGGCAUCUACUGCUGCUGGGAGGGGCCUCUUGGAUUCUAGCCCGAAUUCUAGCCUGGAUCUAUGCCUUCUAUGACAACUGCAGCCGCCUUCGUUGCUUCCCUCAGCCCCCUAAACCGAGCUGGUUCUGGGGUCACUUGGCCUUGAUGAGGAACAAUGAGGAAAGCAUGCAGUCCAUAACACAUCUGGGCCAGUACUUCCGUGAUAUCCACCUCUCUUGGGUUGGACCUGUGUACCCGAUUCUGCGACUCGUCCACCCUAACUUCAUUGCUCCCCUGCUCCAUGCCUCAGCUGCUGUUGCACCCAAGGAAAUGACUCUCUAUGGCUUGCUGAAGCCCUGGCUGGGGGAUGGGCUCCUGUUGAGUGCUGGUGAGAAGUGGAGCCACCACAGACGCCUGCUGACACCUGCCUUUCACUUUGACAUCCUAAAGUCCUAUGUGAAGAUUUUUAACAAGAGUGUGAACAUCAUGCAUGCCAAGUGGCAACGCCUGGCCUCCAAGGGCACUGCCUGUCUGGAUAUGUUUGAACACAUCAGCCUGAUGACUUUGGACAGUCUGCAGAAAUGCAUCUUCAGCAUCGACAGCAACUGCCAGGAGUCUGACAGCGAAUACAUUGCUGCGAUCCUGGAACUCAGCUCCCUUGUAGUGAAACGGCACCGCCAGCCCUUCCUGUACAUGGACUUCCUGUACUACCUCACUGCUGAUGGGCGUCGCUUCCGCAAGGCCUGCAACCUGGUGCACAAUUUCACAGAUGCUGUCAUCAAGGAGAGACGCAGCUCCCUCAAUACCCAGGGUGUUGAUGAAUUCCUAAAGGCCAAGGCUAAGACUAAAACUUUAGACUUUAUUGAUGUUCUCUUGCUGGCCAAGGAUGAAGAUGGAAAGGAGCUGUCAGAUGAGGACAUUCGGGCAGAGGCUGACACCUUCAUGUUUGGAGGCCAUGACACCACCGCCAGUGCAUUCUCCUGGAUCCUGUACAACCUGGCAAGGCACCCAGAAUACCAGGAGCGCUGCAGGCAAGAGGUGCAGGAGCUGCUGAGGCACCGAGAGCCUGAGGAGAUUGAAUGGGACGACCUGGCCCACCUGCCCUUCGUGACCAUGUGCAUCAAGGAGAGCCUGCGGCUGCAUCCCCCAGUCUUACUAAUCUCCCGCUGCUGUUCCCAGGAUGUUGUGCUGCCAGAUGACCGGGUCAUCCCCAAAGGGAACAUCUGUGUCAUCAGCAUUUUCGGGGUUCACCACAACCCUUCAGUUUGGCCAGACCCUGAGGUCUACAACCCCUUCAGAUUUGACCCAGAAAAUCCACAGAAGAGGUCACCUCUGGCUUUUAUUCCCUUCUCAGCGGGGCCCAGGAACUGCAUCGGACAGACUUUCGCCAUGAGCGAGAUGAAGGUAGCGCUGGCGCUGACGCUGCUGCGCUUCCGCAUCCUGCCUGAUGACAAGGAGCCGCGCCGGAAGCCGGAGCUGAUCCUGCGCGCGGAGGGCGGGCUGUGGCUGCGGGUGGAGCCGCUGAGUGCAGGCACUCAGUGAUCUCACAGCUGUCUUGGGACCUCCUCACCCGCUCUCCUACCUCUUUAGAUCUCUGAAUAAACAGAGCUGCCUCCUGAUCCUUGAGUGGCUAUGAGCAUCAGACCAGAAUUUUAUCACAAUAUCCUCAAUGCCUCUUGGUUGGUCCCCGAGGGUCUCCUUGCCGAUGAGACUCCUGCCAGAAGACUUUAUCUUGUGAGCCACCACGGAGGUUUAAGCAGGAGAGGGGAGCAGGUUUUCCAGCACAUUUGAGGCUCUGGUCAUUGAGGUAACCCCUAAUAAUCACUAUGUUUCCACCUUUAUUCUGUUUCAUCAAAUUUAGAGCUAUAUCCUCCUGCUGUCCUUCUGAUACAACACUUAAAUAAGUGGAACACUACACUAGACCUGGCCUGUUACAUAUGAAGGGAUAGUUGGAGAAUCUGAAGCAGAUUGUUCCUUAAGGGAUGGGAAUCUCAGGACCCCUGAGGAUGGUUUAUAUGUAACUUUUAUGCCGUGUGAGGAAUAAAGCAGCUAAAUUUACAUGAAAUCACACUGACGCGUUCCCCAGUUUCCUUUGGCAUUUUCAACAGUAGUGCAGUUGUCCCUUGAGCCUCCCACUUCCUGCAGGAGAAUCUCACAAAUUUCUCUUAUGUAACCACUCUGGGCUUUGUCUUUUCAAAUUCUCCCAUCACGAGACCAUUAAAAUUGAGUUUCUGAGUUGGAGGCCAAGCUGGUCCACAAAGUGAGUUACAGGACAGCCAAGGCUAUACACAAAAACCCCCGUCUCUAAAAACAAAACAAUAACUGAGUUUCAGUUGAGCAUGAUCACACAUCUAUAGCCCCAGUACUUGGGAGACCAAAGGUUGAAGACAGCUUUUGCUACCCAGUGAAAUACUGUCUGGAAGUGGGGCAGUGAAGUGUUGGUAGAAUGCCUAGCCUGCAGGACACACUCCAUAAUCUGGACAUGGUAUUACAAGCCUAAAAUUUAGCACUUGAGAGUUAGAGACAGAAGGAUCAGAAAUUCCAGGUCAUCCUUGGCUACACAACAAGUUCCAAGGCAGCCUGGGAUGCAUGAGGCAUUGCCUCAAAAAACAUUAUUUAAAAUAUUUUUUUUUCUUUUCUGUUGUGGGAAAUGGCUUCAGAAUAAAAAUCCUCUU